UUUCAACGCGUCUGUUGUAUUGAGUUUAGAAUUUUAGACACUUCAUUCUAUUUUUUAUAAUUGGCUCCUUUAUUUAAUUCCAUAAAUCUUUUUGCACCAUGAGCGAUCGUCCCAGAAGAAAAAGAAAGCAGAGAAAUACCAUUGCCAGCAAUGUCCAUUAUGUCGGUUACGUGGAAGACGAGGAAUCGGUGGAAGCUAUUAUGAAAAAGUUUGAAGAACUGGAACGGAUUCAACGUGAAUUCUCUAGCAUGGCCGUGAAAAGUGAUGAGGGAUCGAACAAAGAAAACGAAGUCAAAUCAGAAAGUGUCGAUGCCGGCAUUCCCGAAGAAGAUGCUCCCAUGACAGAAGAACAACUUCAAGAAGUGUUUAAACGCACAUCAGCCUUUACCGUUAAAAGUGCCAUGAUCGAUACUAAUACGGUGGACGACAUGGACGCCAUGGAAUUGUGGCAAGUAGAGUUCAGGGACAGCAACACGGACGAACUAUACGAAGAAGAUGACUAUAUCCAUGUGGACGACGACUUUUGGGAUCUUGAAUUCGGAGAGUCACCUCGUCAACAUAAACGAUUACGCCGUGGCGCUAUACCGACACGAGAUCGACCGGCGGGACAACGACGUGGGGUUGAUCGUGAAAGUAUUAUCGCAAAGUACAAAAUUAUGCAAAUUCAAGUACAAGAUCGAAAUGGCAAUUAUUUCAUGGUCAAGAAACGAGUCAGUGCUUUGGAUCCCAGCUUGCCCACCUAUGUCAAAAUACCAGGAAAGCCCAUUCCACGAUCCUGGGCACAUACUAUUUUGCAUAUGCAACCCAAAGCGUCGUUAACAAUACCACUAGCAUCACAAUUACAUCAAGUGGAUGAUAUUUUAUCUACCGAUCUUAAACAGUUUGGUCAAGGCUUUAGUGCGGUAUACAUGGAUCCACCUUUACUUUUACCGGGAGAGGAGCCUGUACCUGGGAAAAUCCAUAUUGAUGAUCUGGCCAAACUGAAUGUAUCGGAAAUUGUUGAUGCCGGCUUUCUUUUCAUAUGGCUUGAAAAGGAAUGGUUACAACGGAUUGUCAACAUUACAGCCACCUGGGGUUUCAAAUAUGUCGAGAAUUUUUGCUGGAUCAAGAAGAACAUUAAUAAUCAGUUUCAUAAGAGCCCGUACACCUAUUUCAACAAGAGUAAACUCAGUCUACUCAUAUUCAGAAAGGAAGGGGAGAUUGAACUUCGUCAUCAGCGUAAUCCGGAUUGUGUCUUUGACUUUGUUCGACCUCCGUUACCAGAUGAAGUCAGUGAAGCCAAACCGGCAUUCAUGUACGACGUCAUCGAAACUUUGCUGCCAAACGCUGUAUAUCAUGCUGAAAAGAAUCCAAAAGGAGAAAAGCUCCUUGAACUAUGGGCCAAAAAGGGGCAAAGGCGAACAGGCUGGACCACAGUUGUCGAGCGCUCUUGACGUAUGCAAUAAACAGUAGCAUUCUCUUUUCUUCACCUUUCUCCAUCAACAGCAUAUAUCACUCACUAAAAAAAAAUUUGGGACUAAAAAACAAGCUUAUUUGCAUCUUGG